AUGUUCGGAGAGGAGCUGCACAAGACCCUGGAGUCUGAGCAGGUGGAUAUGACUAUGGUUCCUCGUGUGCCGAACCCUUCCACUCUGGCCUUUGUGAGCAAACCGCCAGGAGCUGAUGUUCGCUAUGCGUUCUUUAAGGACAAUGCUGCUGACCGAACGUUGACAGCUAGGACCGUCGGCAAUGCAUUGGCAGCAAGGUCGUUCGGAGCUGUCCAUGUCAGCAUGGGAGCCAUCACUUUGGAGGACGCGAGCAUGGAGCAGGCGUUUCGGGAAGCCUUCAAGCGCGUCCAUGCUGCUGGAGGUUUUACCGCCUUUGAUCCCAACCUGCGGGGGCCCAUGAUUAAAGGAAGUGCGGCCCCUAUCACCAACGACAACGGCAAUCGUGGACACACUGGAGAUGCUUGUCUGUCGGCUGUUGUUGCCAUGGUUGAUUUCCCGCAUUGUGUACAAGAGUGCAACUUCAAAGUUGAAGAACCCUGCGGCAACUACAUCGUUUGUCAGCUUGCCUGUGUCCGUUGUGGAGUGACGUGA